GGGGAGGCUGGCUGGAAGGCGCGAGGCCCCGGGGGGCGGCGGCGGCGGCGGGAGCGUCACUUAUAAAUGGCGCCCAAGCAGGACCCCAAGCCCAAAUUCCAGGAGGGUGAACGAGUGCUGUGCUUUCAUGGACCUCUCCUUUAUGAAGCGAAGUGUGUAAAGGUUGCCAUAAAGGACAAACAAGUGAAAUACUUCAUACAUUACAGUGGUUGGAAUAAAAACUUCCAAUUAACUACAUUAAAGGUGGCAUUGCUGCAGCAUCUACACCUGGGACUCUGGGAUGAAUGGGUUCCGGAAAGCAGAGUUCUCAAAUACGUGGAUACCAAUCUGCAGAAACAGAAAGAACUUCAAAAGGCCAAUCAGGAACAGUAUGCAGAGGGGAAGAUGAGAGGUGCUGCUCCAGGCAAGAAGACAUCUGGUCUGCAACAAAAAAAUGUUGAAGUAUUUUUCAGACGAGAUGGAGCGCACACUGUUUGCUGUUUGGAGACCCCUACAAUAUCGACGCGGAAAACAAAAAAGAACAAACAGAAAACUCCUGGAAUUGGGGAAGGAAGCAGUAGCAGUGAGACUCCCCAGCCUCCUAGGAAGAAAAGGGCUCGAGUAGACCCCACAGUUGAAAGUGAAGAAACAUUUAUGAACAGAGUUGAAGUAAAGGUUAAAAUUCCAGAAGAGCUGAAACCAUGGCUUGUUGAUGACUGGGAUUUGAUCACAAGGCAAAAACAGCUCUUUUAUCUUCCUGCCAAGAAGAAUGUUGAUUCAAUUUUAGAGGAUUACGCGAACUACAAGAAAUCACGAGGAAACACUGAUAACAAAGAAUAUGCUGUUAAUGAAGUUGUUGCUGGGAUUAAGGAGUACUUCAAUGUAAUGCUGGGAACUCAACUGCUGUACAAAUUUGAGAGGCCCCAGUAUGCUGAAAUCUUAGCAGAUCAUCCGGACGCUCCCAUGUCCCAGGUCUACGGUGCACCUCAUCUGCUACGACUCUUUGGUAAACACAGGGCCCCCCUGUUUCCAAUGAGGAUCGGAGCUAUGCUUGCUUAUACACCCCUUGAUGAGAAGAGCUUGGCUUUGCUAUUAAAUUACCUGCAUGAUUUCUUAAAGUAUUUAGCGAAGAAUUCGUCAACAUUGUUUAGCGCCAGUGACUAUGAAGUAGCCCCACCUGAAUACCAUCGGAAAGCAGUAUAACGCCAUGCUGGCUUAACGCAGUAACCAUUAGGUCUCUAACUGUACUGUCUCCUGCCACACUUUGUUCUUCUUUUUUCUAUUGCACAUGUCCCUGCUGCACAGAUUAUAUAAAUUUGAGUGAAUAACGUGCGUGUGUUUUUGUGUGUCUGUGUGAAACAAACUGACACUUGUGAGUUUUACCGUGUUCUUCUGUCCGUUCUGAAACGAGCUUGGAGACAGCUUCAAGAAUCUGUCGGUGAUCGUCUGCGCAUCUGUUGAAUGCAAAAAAAAUGCAAGUGGGGUAUUUUUUUGUCUGAGCUGCUUAAUGCUCGUGUUUUGACACCCAAGACUUACCUAACUAAUCUGCAUCCUUACUUAGUGAUGGUAAGCCCCAACUCGCUGGGGGUGAGAUGCUACUAAGUCUGACUUCCGAGCCCAUUUCCUUCCCCAGUGUCUGAAGUGAAACAAUUGUUGGUCCAUAAAUUUUAUUCCUAGCCUAGGUGGCUGAAGGAUUGUGACUUUUUUUGUAUUCUAACAUAAUGGCAAAUGAACUAAUGAAUUGUUGUAUCUUGAGUGUUCUGGAAAUGUUUUGUCUUUCAAAGAACUGUUUUACAAAUCUUCAAAUAAAUUUUUUUUUUAAUUUCAAA